GGAGGACCCAAUGAUGAUCAUCUUUUCUACAGAAAAUUAUGACUUCAAGGAGUGAUAUUUUUGUGAAUCACAUCCAGUCACAUCUAGAGCGUAUUGCUUUUCGCUAUUUAAAUUUAGUCGGGACUUAGUACUUAAGUACUUCUUACUAAAUUAAGAUGGAGCUGAUACCUGGAACGGCGGUCUAUGAUGUGAUUAUUCUGGGGAGUUCCCAGGUGGGAAAAACCUCAAUAGCUUGGCGCUAUGUAAAUGAAGAAUUUUUAAUUGACCCCAUACCCACGCGGGGAGUUGAAUUUUUAACAAAAAUGAUACCCGAGCCCCAUCUGAGGGUGAGAUUGACAAUCAGCGUUACGGGGGGAAAUGAACGCUACGCAGAUAUUUUGUUUAUGAGAAGGAGGGUUUAUGGGGCAUUGCUGGUGUACGAUAUCCACGAUCGGAGAAGCUACGAAGUGGCCAAAGCAUGGGCUGCGAAACUAAAAGCAAAGGUUAGCCAGAAUCCUUAAUUUGGGAUUGUAUAAUUAAUAUUGAAAUUUUCAGCUAAGCCCAUGGAUAGUUCUGGCUUUAGUGGGCCACAAGGUGGAUGUUCUGGAAAAUAGGGUAGUAUCUACCGAAGAGGCGGCACAGUUUGCCAAAGAAAAUGGCUUAAUCUUUUUGGAGGCAUCUGCUCAGGAGGACAUCAACAUUACUAAAUGUUUUUUGGACAUUGGUUAGUUUAAGGGUAUUUUAUUCUACGUAUUUAUGAACUAUUUAUUUUUUUUAGCAAUUAAAAUUAGGCAAAGGGACGUCGCAGACAGAUUACAAAAAUGUUACAAUGAAAGAAUCACGAAUCAAGGCUGUAAAUCUCAUGGUUUCCUUUGGUUUAAAAAAAAUAAAUAAAAAAGUGAAGAUUGUCCACCUUAUUAAAAGCCCCAUUUACGCAUUA